GAGAAAUUACCCCUAUUUAAACUACAACAAAUUUUCAUCGCAUUUUCACCUCUUCCUCACCUCACCUUUCCCCUCAAUUACAAACCAAGCUGUCCAUAAAAUCACUAUCUGGUACCUCUAACCCACCCCCCAAAAUGGACACAGAAACCCUCCUCCAAAAAUCCUACACCCAGAUCCGCGCCGCCGCUAGCGUUCCCCCAGGCACCCAAGCCCGCACCCUCCCCCUCUCCAGCGCCAUACACACUGCACGAACCUCACUCAACCCCCUCCCCACAACCCCCCUCGGCCCUCUCCCCACCCUAAACCACCUAACCAACACCAUCGCGCCCGCGCUCCCCGGGCACAACCGAAGCGGGCGCUACUUCGGCUUCGUAACCGGGUCCACCCUGCCGAUCGCCGAAGCAGCAGAUAAUCUCGCCACAGCCUUCGACACAAGCGUGCAAGUGCACUUACCGGAACAGAGUAUCGCGACCGAAGUCGAGGACGUAGCGUUACGAUUGCUACUCCGACUUCUCCACCUAAGCCCAGAGUCAGGCUUAGAGAAAGCAGGAGAAGAUGCGGGGAUAGAGUGGGAAGGCAGGACAUUCACGACGGGAGCGACGGCGAGUAAUAUCCUCGGCCUGGCGUGCGGGCGGGAGGAGGUAGUGCGGAUGAGGUUGCCGGAUGGGAGCGAGGGAACGGUGGGGGAGGUAGGGAUUCUAGGGGCGUGUGCGGAGGCGGGGGUUAGGGAGAUUCGGGUUUUGACUAGUAUGGGACAUAGCUCUUUAUCGAAAGCGGCGUCUGUGGUGGGGCUUGGGCGGCGCGCGGUGAAGGAGUUGCCGUAUAGUGAGGCGGAGCCGUGGAGGUUGGAUUUGGAGGCUGUGGAGCGGGAGUUGAAGCGCGCGGAAGAGGGGGUUGCGUGUAUUGUGGCGAUUAGCGCCGGUGAGGUUAACACGGGCCGGUUUGCUACGAGUAGUUUGGGGGAGAUGAGGAGGUUGAGGGAGUUGGCGGAUCAGUAUAAGGCUUGGAUACAUGUCGAUGGCGCAUUUGGAAUCUUCGCCCGUGCUCUACCAGAUACGGAGGAAUUUGCCAAGUUACGAGAAUCUACGGCGGGUCUUGAGCUUGCGGAUAGUAUUACCGUUGACGGACAUAAAUUACUUAAUGUCCCCUAUGACACCGGCAUAUUCUUCACCCGGCGCUCCUCAACCCUCCAUGCCGUCUUCCAAAACCCAAACGCGGUAUACCUUACACCCUCCGGAUCCGGCCCCACCAUUCCCAGCCCGCUUAACAUCGGCAUCGAGAACUCGCGACGCUUCCGCGCGCUGCCUGUGUACGCCGUUCUCCUCAGCGAAGGGCAACCCGGGAUUGCCGAGAUGCUCGCGCGUAUGGUGCGGUUAGCCCGGGGCGUAGCCCACGCCCUCGUAUCCCCAGACGAAAAGUUGAAUCUAAGAGACGACUACGAACUCCUACCUAACUCGAGCGCAGCGGAGAGCACACACGUGAUAGUCCUAUUCCGUGCGCGAGACGAGGGGUUGAACAACGUACUAGUGAAAAAGAUCCAGGACUCGGGUGAAUGGUACGUGAGCGGGACUAAGUGGAAGGGGGAGUCCGCGUGUCGGAUCGCAGUGUCGAGCUGGAGGGUUAAUGUUGAGGAGGAUCUGGAGUUUGUGAAGAGUAGGCUGGCUAGUAUAGCUAAGGAAUGGAAAGAGAGCGGCAGGUAAAGGUCUCGAGAGGUAAGAGGUAGUGGUUAGGAUAUAGACAUAUUUCGGCUGGGCAAAAGGGUAAAAUUAGGUGCAUAAAAGUACUCAUAAGUUGAAUGCAAGGAAAUCCCCUUAGAGAUGCCGGUCCACAUAAUUGUAUUAGUCGUGCUGACGAAGCUAGUCUCUCAUCUAAGCCGUUGAGUUAUUCGAACUCAGAAAGAUCUUGGGUAAUGAAUGAGGGCCGUUUCUUCUUCGCGUAUAAAAACAUGGCUAACCUGGUAGAUGAGGUAUG